AUGCUGAUUUUCCACGUACUAGUUUUAACAUCCCUGCUGGAGGCCGCAGAUACUACAGUUGGUUUCGAAGGGAGUGGGGAUAGAGCGACAACCGUCAGUUUUCCACUAGACGAGGAGCUACCAGUGGGGACGCUAAUUGGCAGUCUUUCAGAAAGACUUCACCCAAAACCCGCUACCUCAGGUAGUGUACAAUUUACACUACUUGGACAGGAAAACUAUAUCCGACUUAAUCAGACUUCUGGUCAACUGUUCAUUCGCAGUAGAAUAGACAGAGAAGCUCUGUGUGAGCAGGUAGGUACUUGCUGUGGUCCUUCCUUGAACUCCGAAAGCUUCUUUGUUCACCCAUUUGAUGUGCGAAGUUCAGAGUGUGCUCUUAGGCUUAUGGUAAUGGACCAUCGAGGCUCCGCCUUAUCCACUCAGCCUGAAGUCGUGCAUAUAGCGUUUAACAUUGUGGAUAUAAAUGACAACCCUCCAAAAUGGUCCCCAGACACUUUGGAAAUUGAAAUUCCUGAACAUAGUCCUAUUGGGACAACCAUUCAGCUUCCCGAGGCUACCGAUCCAGAUCGAAACGUUGAAAGUGCUUCUAUCCGCUUUGAAUCACGCCAAAUUGGCGAUUUUCUCCAACUAAAAAUAAACUCAGACUUGGACAGAGAGAAGCGAGAGAUCUAUCGCUUACUGCUGGUCGCAAUUGAUGAGGAAACCAAAAGUUCAUCGUUUGGGGACAAAACUGGAACACUUAAUAUCAUUGUAAAAGUCACUGAUAUAAAUGAUCAAGCACCAUUUUUCCUUGAAACUCACCCAUCAAUAGAAGUUGCAGAAGACGUUGCGCCUGGAACGCGGAUUUUCACGAUGACAGCAAAGGACGAUGAUCCUUCUGAUGCUACUAGACUAGUCUAUCGAUUUGCUUCAACAGCUAGCGGAGAAGUCAUUAGACUUUUUAGUCUUUGCGAACGGACGGGUGCUAUAACGGUGGCGCAAGAUUUGGACUAUGAAAUCGCUCCAUUACUACCUGAACAAAAACCAGAAAGCUCUUUGUACAAUCAGCAAUCAGCUGAUCUCCGUGUUCGAUUAAAAAACGUUAACGAUAACGUUCCUAAUAUUACGGUUCAGUCUCACCUACCUCGAUGGCGAAAUACAAACGACUUACUUCUGCCCGAAGAUGUGUUAGUUGGCAAAAUGGUUGCCAUAAUUACAAUGGAGGAUGCUGAUGAACGCUGGAUGUCCGGUAAAAGUGAUUCAGGUUAUAGUGAAGCACACUGUGCAACUGCUCAUCCAUUUUUUGCAGUACAUCCACUUUUUCCAAACUCACGAUAUCAGUACAUACUUGCUACGUCUCGGCGCCUGGAUAGAGAGACGAAAAGCACCCACACUGUGACAAUUACAUGUCAUGACUCAGGUCAACCUAUGCUGUCAAGGAACGUACACCUGGUGAUACAUCUUGAGGACAUAAAUGACUCUCCUCCAGUGUUUGCUCAGUCUCUUUAUAAAUCAAAAAUAGCAGAAAAUCUUCCCAUCAACACCGCAAUAGAUAAGGUUCAAGCAACCGACGCUGACGUUGGCCUGAAUGCAGCGAUUCGCUACUCGAUUAAGGCAGACGUCGAUCUGGUCGAUUUAGUUACCCUUGAUCCGUUAACAGGUCAAUUGUCUACGUCCGCAAUAUUUGACAGAGAAAAACUGGAAUUAGUCAACUUCACGGUUAUAGCUGUUGACUGUGCAGGAGGUAUUAACAAUAAGAGUGAAGAUGGGAGGGAGUGCAACCCCAUUCAUUCUGCCUCAGCCAGUGUUGUCAUUACAGUGGAAGAUGUAAACGACUGUGCCCCAGAAUUUGACCAAUCCAACUAUGAGUUUGUAGUGAAAGAAGGGCAGAGACCACAGCAAUCAGUAAGUACUGAAAUUCGUUGCUGUAUUUCACUAAAAAACACAAAUUCAGGGCUUGUCAAAUAUUCCGUUCCCUGCUUGGUGGUCCACUUAAAAUUCACAACCAUUUUUGACCAACCGCAAGAUUAUCAGCUUUGCAUUAAAAAAUGCAAAUGGUCCCAUUUAGUUUGA